CAAUAUUCAAAUUUAUUUGAAUCAAAAAUGUCAGAGGAUAGGCUGCUUGAAUUUAUGUCUUCGACUAGAAGUUCUCAAGAUACAAGUGACAUACUAAUCUAUACAAAUGAUAACCAAUCGUUCCUAGCAACCAGACUAAUGCUAGUUUAUAGUUCACCAUUCUUUGAUGUUCUGUUAAAUGGACCGUUCAAGAAAGAAAAGAAAUUAGAACGUCAACAAACUUCAACAAUAUAUUUAAAUAUGAAAAAAGAUGAGCUGUAUCCAGUUUUAGCUCGAGCGAUGUACGGUGAAGGCGAGAUCAACGAUAAGAAUGUGAAAGAUAUGAUUAAAGUUGCUGAUUUCCUCGGGAUCAGCACAAUUGUUGAAGAAUGUGAAUUAUUCAUGGAGAAAAUCUUGAAUCCAGAGAACGUUGUGGAGCUCUACAUGUUUGCACUGGAUUACUUUUUCAUAAAUUUGAAAGCUUCAGCCCUGAAUUUUAUACUGAACAAUUUCAGUCUAGUAAAAGAAUCAUCGAAAUCAGGAAUCUUAAAUCUUCCUGAAGCUGAUCUAAUAGAAAUACUUUCCGACCAUGGAUUAAGGUGCACAGAAGAAGAUGUGUGGAAAUUUAUCUUAAGUUGGAACAGGGCUAAUAAUACAGAGCCUUCACUCGCCCUUCUCUUAACAGCCCGGUUUGGAAGGAUGGAUAUCCAAUUCUUCAGGAGAGAGGUUGCUCUGCAUCCCUUUAUUGAGAAGACAGGGCUAAUGGACAUUAUUGAUGGUUAUGAGGAACUGGUUGCAAAUCUUGAGAAUUGUACAACUACAGUGAGAACUCCUAGUUUUGCUAUGCCUAGAGACUCUCAAGAAUAUAUUUUCUCUUUCGGGGGUUGGUCCACAGGAGCUGCA